AUGCCACGGAUACCAACGUCGCUCAUCCGCAAGGCGCGCGCAAUCGAUCCCUACCUGCCUGCUCUUCUCGGGCCCUGUCGCGAACUGCAGGCUGCCCAGAACGAGCUGCGAUGGCUCCGCGAACAUGUCGAGAAAGUCGCGAAAGCGCGUCGCGCCAAAGGAGACACGAUAGCUAAGGCUUCUCUACUGCAACAAUUAGUCAAGGAUAGAGCCGCUGGGAAGCCAUUGCAGUAUCUGCUGGGUACAGAGUACUUUGGCGACCUGGAAAUACGCUAUACAGCCGCUUCAAUCACACAUCUCGCCGGUCUCCUACGAAAUGCGAAAGAACUCCCUUCCGAAGUACGCGUACUCGACCUGUGCACCGGCACCGGCUGCAUACCCCUCCUUUUCCACCACGAAUUGUCCUCCGCCUCCAACAAAGUAGACCUGCGUCUUCUCGGUGUCGACAUCUCCGACAAGGCUCUUGAUCUCGCGAGAUACAACCUCCAAAAUCUACGCAGAACACGACAACUUCAAGACACAGGGAAAGUGGAUUUUAUACAAGCGGACGUCUUGAUCAAUCCAUUUGACGAUCAGACUGAAGGCGUCUUAUCGCUGACGGCAGCGCUCAAUUGGGCGGGACAACCGUCCUUUUGGGACAUUCUCAUCUCAAACCCUCCGUACAUCUCGCCAGCUGCCUUUUGGCACACGACAACGCGUUCGGUACGCGGUUUCGAGCCAAAGCUCGCGCUGGUACCUCCACGGAGGAUCAAGCAGACAGAUAAAGAGCAGGGCGAUCGCUUCUAUCCGCGCCUGCUCCAGAUUGCCAGAGACGUAGAAGCCAAAGUCGUCCUAUUCGAGGUUGCAGACAUGGAGCAGGCGCUUCGCGUAGCGCAGAACGCACGAAAUCUAGACAUCUUCGACGGCGUUGAGAUAUGGUGGGAAGAGCCUGAUGUCACUGGGAACAAUGCGACCGAAGAUGGCUUCGAAGUUGUUGGACAAGGCAAUGCCCGUUCCGUCCUCUGCUGGCGCGGCCGUGGAACAUCUUGGCUUGGCAAAGCUGCGCCGCCAUCGUCACCACGCGAAGAUGCGGAUCGUCUCUUUCGAAGCGCGCACACCAAGACGAAAGAUGCAGAAGAAAAGGUUACUGAAGUUACUGAGAAGCAGCGAUUGGAACCGCAGUUCGACUUGAGUUACUUCACUGAUACGAAGUACACUGAGAUUCCGCUCCGUCGACAACCUAAUUGUCGGAUGCCUAACGAUGAUGAAUUGCGAAAUGGAAAGAGAUGA